AUGACACAGAGGAUAAUGGAUAAGAUGGCUUUGGCUUCCUGUAUGAAAGGAAGGACAAUUAUUGGGACUCCUGAUGAGGAAACCAUGGAUACAGUACUUCCACAAAGCCACUUUGACAUGGUGGGGAUUGUGUUUAAUAAUACUUUCUCAUAUAAGCUGAAGCUCAGUUGGGAAUACAGAAUCCAAAUGAUAAAAGAACACUUUCAAUACUCAGAACACUGUUGGGCUCUGCAAGAUGGAAUUUAUUGUUCCUUGACAACAUACUGGCAAAGAGGGUUUGCGGCUUUUCAAGCUGCAAUUAAUGCUGCGAUUAUAGAAGUCACAACAAAUCAUUCUGUGAUGGAGGAACUGACAUCAGUUAUUGGAAUAAAUAUGAGGACGCUACCUUUCAUUUCUAGGGGAGAAACUGUAAAUGAAUGGUUUAUUUUUAUUUGUAUAGUUUAUUUCUCCCCUUUUAUAUAUUUUGCAUCAUUAAAUGUUACAAAAGAAAGAAAACAAUUUAAGAAACUGAUGAUGGUGAUGGGUCUCCGAGAGUCAGCAUUCUGGCUCUCCUGGGGAUUGAUAUAUGCUGGCUUCAUCUUUGCUAUGUCAAUUUUUAUGGCUCUGAUCAUAACAUCUAUCCAAAUUAUAAUAAUUACUGGCUUCAUGGUGAUAUUCACACUCUUUAUCCUAUAUGGCCUAUCUUUGGUAGCAUUGGCUUUCCUCCUGAGUGUGUUGAUAAAGAAACCUGUCCUAACCGGUUUGGUUGGGUUUCUAUUCACUGUAUUUUGGGGAUGUCUGGGAUUCACUGCCUUAUAUCAAGAACUUCCUUCAUCUUUGGAAUGGAUUUUAGGUCUUUUUAGCCCUUUUGCCUUCUCUGCUGGAAUGGCCCAGAUUACACACCUGGAUUAUUACCUGAAUGGUGUUAUUUUUCCUGAUCCCUCUGGAGAGUCAUAUGUAAUGAUACUUACUUUCUUCCUUUUGGCAUUUGAUACUCUUCUCUAUUUGAUUUUAACAUUAUAUUUUGAGCGAGUUUUGCCUGAUGAAGAUGGCCAUUGGCAUUCACCAUUGUUUUUCCUAAAGUCUUCGUUUUGGUCCCGACAUCAAAAUACUCAUCACGAAGACUUCGAGGAUGAAAUAAGUCCCGAGCAUUCCUCUGAUGACUCUUUCGAACCUGUGUCUCCAGAGUUCCAUGGAAAAGAAGCCAUAAGAAUCAGAAAUAUUAAAAAAGAAUAUAAUGGAAAGCAUGGAAAAGUAGAAGCGUUGCAAGGCAUAUAUCUUGACAUUUAUGAAGGACAAGUCACUGCAAUUCUUGGACAUAGUGGAGCUGGUAAAUCAACACUGCUAAACAUUCUCAGUGGGUUUUCUGUUUCUACAGAAGGAUCAGCUGCUAUUUAUAAUACCACACUUUCUGAAAUAACUAAAAUGGAAGAAAUAAGAAAGAAAGUUGGAUUUUGUCCACAAUGCAAUAUUCAGUUUGAAUUUCUUACUGUGAGAGAAAACCUCAGGCUCUUUGCUAAAAUAAAAGGGAUUCAGCCAAAGGAAGUGGAACAAGAGGUAAAAAGAGUUAUAAUGGAAUUAGACAUACAAAACAUUCAAGAUGUCAUUGCUAAAAAAUUAAGUGGUGGACAGAAGAGAAAACUAACAUUUGGGAUUGCCAUUUUAGGAGAUCCUCAGGUUUUGCUACUAGAUGAACCAACUGCUGGAUUGGAUCCUUUUUCAAGGCACCAAGUUUGGAACCUCCUGAGGGAGCGUAAAACAAACCAUAUGAUCCUGUUUAGUACCCAGUUCAUGGAUGAGGCUGACAUCUUGGCUGACAGGAAAGUGUUUCUGUCUAAAGGGAAAUUGAAAUGUGCAGGGUCAUCUUUGUUUCUGAAGCGAAAAUGGGGUAUCGGAUAUCAUUUAAGUUUGCACAGGAAUGAAAUGUGUAAUCCAGAGAGAAUCACAUCCCUCAUUAGACAGCACAUCCCCGAUGCCAAGCUAACAGCAAAAAGUGAAGAAAAACUUGUGUAUAGUUUGCCCUUGGAAAGAACAAACAGAUUUUCAGAUCUCUACAAUGACCUUGAUAAAUGUUCUGACCAAGGGAUAAUGAAUUAUGGUGUUUCCAUGACAACUCUGAAUGAAGUAUUUUUGAACCUAAAAGGCAAUUCAGCAAUUGAGAAGCCAGAUUUUGGCAUUCAGAAACAGGAGAAAAUCGAUGUGACAAGAGAUACUGGCAUUGAGUCAGAAAUGCAACAGGCUCUUUGUUCUCUUCCUGGGUUGAGAACUGAUGUGAGUAAUGGAACUCUCUGGAUACGGCAGGUCUGCGGAGUGGCAAAGCUUCGCUUCUUAAAGUUAACACACGAGAGCGAAGUUCUUUUGUCCUUAUUACUGGUACUUGUAAUUGCUUUUAUCCCCACUAUUUUCGAGAAGAUAAUGCAAAUGAUAAUUUACCAAAUUCAUUCUUGGGAGCUUUCAUCCAGUAUGUAUUUCCUUUCUCUGGAACAACUCCCGCAUACUCCUCUUACCAGUCUGUUGGUCAUCAAUAAUACAGACUCGGAUAUUGAAGAUUUCAUACAGUCACUGAAGCAUCAGGAUAUAGUUUUGGAUAUAGAUGACUUUAGAAAUAGAAAUGGCUCAGACGAUCCAUCCUACAAUGGAGCCAUCAUAGUGUCUGGUGACCAGAAGGAUUACAGAUUUUCAGUUGCAUGUAAUACCAAGAGAAUGAAUUGUUUUCCCGUUCUUAUGGGAAUUGUUAGCAAUGCCCUUCUAGGAAUUUUUAACUAUACAGAGCUUAUUAAAACAGAGAGAAGCACAUUUCCUGUGGAUGACCUAGUACUGAGACAUGGUUUUUUGGGCGUGCCCUUACUUAUGCUGCUCUUUGCAAACUGCAUUUCUCCUUACAUCGGCAUGAGCAGCAUCAGCGAUUAUAAACUAAAAGCUCAGUCUCAGCUGUGGAUUUCAGGCCUCUGUCCUUCAGCAUACUGGUGUGGACAGGCUCUGGUGGACAUUCCAUUAUACAGCUUGAUUCUUCUUUCCAUAUAUUUCAUUUACUGCUUCAUGGUUUUUGAACUCAGACUUUCAUUGGGACUCAUAUUUGCUCUGGUGGUUGGCAUAAUUGGUUGUGCAGGGUCUCUUAUAUUCCUCACAUACCUGAUUUCAUUCAUCUUUCGCAAGUGGAGAAAAAAUAAUGGCUUUUGGUCUCUUAGUUUUUUUAUCAUCUCAAUACUUGCAGUUAUCAUCCUGCUGUUAACUUUUUCUGGAGACUCCAGCUUGAUUUUAUCCAUGAUUUUAAUGCCUUUUUACACUUUAGUUGGAUUUAUCAUAUUUGUGAUACAGCUGUCCUUGAUGUAUUUGAGAAGCCCCAAAAAUCUGGAUGAUGAAAUAAUUAGUACUCAAAACACCAUGUUUUUAUCAUUAUUAAUACCAUACCUUCAGAGUGCCAUUUUCCUUUUCAUUAUAAGGUGUCUGGAAAUGAAGUAUGGAAAAGAAACAAUGAAGAAAGAUCCAGUUUUCAGAAUCUCUCCAAGAAGUAGGGAAAAUCGUCCAAAUCCAGAAGAGCCUGAAGAAGAAGAUGAAGAUGUUCAAACUGAAAGAGUGAAAACAGCAAAUGCACUCACUUCUGCAAACUCGGAGGAGAAACCAGUCAUAAUGGCCAGCUGUUUACACAAGGAAUAUAAAGGGAAAAAGAAAAGUUGCUUUUUGACAAGAAAGAAGAAAAUAGCCAUUAGGAAUGUUUCCUUCUGUGUUAACAAAGGUGAAGUUUUGGGGUUGCUGGGACACAAUGGAGCUGGUAAAAGUACUUCUAUUAAAAUGAUAACUGGAGACACAAAGCCCACUGCUGGAGUGGUGGUUUCACAAGGCUGCACAGCAUCACUGGGGAAACAGAAAGAUGACAUUUCCACAUUUUUGGGGUACUGUCCCCAGGAGAACUCAUUGUGGCCCAGUCUUACAGUGAAAGACCAUCUGGAGUUGUAUGCGGCAGUGAAGGGAUUGGGCAAAGACGAUGCUGCUCUUAGUAUUUCAAGGUUGGUGGGUGCGCUCCAGCUGCAGGACCAGCAGAAGCGGCCGGUGAAGGCCUUGUCGGAGGGAAUAAAGAGGAAGCUGUGCUUCGCGCUGAGCAUCCUGGGCAACCCGCCGGUGGUGCUGCUGGACGAGCCGUCCACCGGGAUGGACCCCGAGGGGCAGCAGCGGAUGUGGCAGGCAAUUCAGACCAUUGUUAAAAACACGGGGAGAGGCGCCCUCCUGACCACCCAUCACAUGGCAGAGGCCGAGGCUGUGUGUGACCGUGUGGCCAUCAUGGUGUCCGGAAGGCUGAGGUGUAUCGGUUCCAUUCAACAUCUGAAAAGCAAAUUUGGCAAAGAUUAUUUACUAGAAGUAAAAAUAAAGGAACCCACUCAGACAGAGCUUCUCCACACAGAGAUUCUGAAGCUUUUCCCACAGGCUGCUCGGCAGGAGAGGUAUUCCUCCAUGAUGGCAUAUAAAUUACCUGUGGAAGAUGUUCACCCUCUGUCUCAGGCCUUUUUCAAAUUAGAGGCAGUGAAACAGACCUUCGACCUGGAAGAAUACAGCCUCUCUCAAGCUACCUUGGAACAGGUAUUCUUAGAACUCUCUAAAGAGCAGGAGAUGGGAAAUUUUGAUGAUGAAGUUGAUACAACAGUUAAAUGGAAACUCCUCCCACAGGAAGAGCCUUAAAAUCCCAAACCUCCUAACUUUAGAUUUUAAGUCUUACUACAUUAAUUUCCAUAAUUCUAGA